UGGACCUUUUCCCAGACAUCUCUUCUCCCGCAACCUCUCUGGGUGGCCUAUCCGGGGCUCUUCUGAGGCAUCCACUUUGGAUACCUGGUGGCAAGAGAGGAUGGUCUACAACCAGAGCCAAAGGAAAGCCCUGCAGGCGUGUUUUGAACAAAACCCUCACCCUAAUAAAGCUACCAGGGAACAACUGGCCAAGGAAAUUGAUAUUCCAGAAUCUAAAAUUCGGACUUGGUUUAGAAACCGAAGAAGCAGACAGAGAAAAUUGGAGUCUGCAUGCUCCUUAGGAAAAGACCCAAUCCAGGGACAUAACCAGUCUCAGUUACAGAUGCAAGAAUGGUUAACAAAAGAAGCCAAGCAAGACCACAUACCCCUCGCAAGAACUCAAAGAAGGACCCUAGUUCAAGCCUUUGAGAGGAACCAAGUCCCUGAUGUUGCUACCAGGGAAAAACUGGCUAAACCAGCAGACAUUCAGGAAUUGCAGAUUCAGGACCAAAGAUAUCUGGACCCUGACUGGAGCAGAAAGGAGCCCAAAAAUUUCUUGGUAGAUGACACAAAUGGGAGACCAGAUCUGACUAAUCAACUGCAGGAAACAGAUCUGUUUAUACACCCAGAUGGGAGUUAUUAUCUGCCUUCUUCUGAUUCCUUCCCUGACAACCAAACAGUUUCACCUACUCCUCUUCUGUCCUCUGGGAUCAUGCAGCCCACCCAAGCUGUGCAGAGAGGAGAGAACUCUGACCUGCCUCUCACUUUUAUGAAUCACCUGCCAGAACUGCUGACUCCAAGAGGGGACAUCUCGGAUACUCGGGUUCCUUUCUGGAUCCAAUUCCAAGAAGAAUACCAAAAUCACAAAGAACAAACUGGCAUAGGAGUCAUACCAUUGAAGGACCAUUCUCAACCUAAUCCUGAGAACAAGAAACCACAGGGUCUGGGUCCCAUUGACAUAUCUUAUGUCAUGCAGUGGUGGGACCAGGGCCGCCAAGCUCUGAUUGAGGAAUGGGAACCACUUGAAGAGAUACAGUGAGACAGAUGUGUGGCCAACUGCAAGGUCAGCUGGAGAGUCAUCUCAUCUGCUCUACCAACUGCACCAGCAAUAUGUAGAAACCUCGAGUCUUUAGAUGAACUCCUGUCAUCUAUAGAAUCUCAGUAAAUUAUUUUCUUUUC